AUGUUUGAAAAGGCCGGCUUUAAAAAUGCUGUUUGCCCGUCUCCAGAUAACAAAAUUCUUGAAAUAAAUCAUCAACUAGCAGAAAGGAACGCCGAUCAUGGCAAUGUCCCGGAGAUUGAAGACGGGAGAGACUCUGAUAAUGUCAGGGCCGGCGUGAGUAGCCACGAGGGCAGCCACGUCGCCGACUAUGAGAGCAUCGACGACGACGACGACGACGAGGAUGAUGACGACCGCGAUGGUGACAGCGAAACGGAGGAUGAGGGCAACUGCAGUUUCAUCUUGGUACGUGAUCGUCAAGAAAGCGAAUCCGGGAAUGGACCAAUUACACUCCAGCAGCAGAGCCGAGCAGCCCAGGCCAGAGAAGAGGUGUGUCCCCUUGAGGUUCCUGAGAUGCCUGAAACUUCUGAGGAACUUGAAGAAUCGGAGGUGCCUGAUGCGGGAAGGGCCCAAGACAAGGGCUGA